UUGCACCAAAUAAAAUUUGGUUGUCAAAACAAAUUUAGAAAGUGACAAAAAAUCGCUUUAUCUUCAGAAAAUAGAAUUUAAAAAAAAUGGAAAUUAAAAAGGAAGAGGAAUUCUGGAACGACAUUCCUGUGGAAUCAAAUUUGACCAUAAAGGAUGAAAAUUCCUGCAAGAGUGAAGGCAAUACCAUGGAUAGGAUCCCGGAUGUUAAGCCCAAGGUAGAAAUAGAAAAUUCCCAAUAUGUUAUUUCUCAUCUUCAAAGUGAUAUAUUUGCCUGCAAUUUUUGCGGAAAAACCUUCAAAAAUCGAACUUAUAUGAAACAACAUAUAAAAAAUAGGCAUUCAACCACUGAAGCAGAAUUUCAAUGUGGAAUCUGUGCGAAAACCUUUAGAUAUAAGAAAACUGUCAAGCGACAUAUUCUGGAAAUUCAUUUGGGCAAGAAACCUGAACUCUCCUCGAACAGAUUCACUUGUGCUGAAUGUGGAAAGGUCUUCUGGAAUAAAGCCAAACACAAAAGACAUUUGCUAAAACAUACGAACAUUAGAAACGUCUGUUGUCCUUUGUGCAAUAAAAAAUUUAAACAUAAAUUCUAUUUAGAUCGUCACAUGUUAGUCCACAGCGAAAUAAAGCCUUUGAAAUGUAAAAUAUGCCAAAAGAAUUUAAAAGCACAAAAAUAUCUAACAAGACACAUGCAAACCCAUGAUAAGGAGAGACCAUCAUUUCAAUGCAAAAUUUGUGGUAAACAGCUAAUGUACAAACACAAUUUGCAGAAUCAUUUACUGUCGCAUCAAAAAAGUAAGGAACCUUUUGUUAUAAAAUGCCCAAAAUGCAGUAAAAUUUAUAUGAAGAAAAAAAGCUUUGAAAAACACAUGAACACCCAUCAUAAGAAUUUUUCAGAAGAUCAAGUAAUUGAAAAGGAUGAAUCUAAACUGAAAACUGUGAUUGAAUGUUCAGAAACUUUCAAGACUGAGCCUGAUCUUGAAUAUGAGAUUCAAGAAAAUGACUACUGAAAUUCUGACAGGACUUCGAAUAAAGUUUUUGAAAGAAAAGUAAAAUUGA